AUGCCCUCCUUGGAAAAAGGCCCCUCCAAUGAAGCCCGAUUGCUUCUAGUCUCCAACCGUUUGCCCAUCACCAUCAAGCGCUCCGAGGAUGGCCGUUAUGAUUUUUCUAUGUCCUCCGGUGGACUGGUCAGUGGCUUGAGUGGCUUGUCCAAAUCCACCACUUUCCAGUGGUAUGGCUGGCCCGGCCUGGAGGUCCCCGAGGAGGAGAUCCCCAUCGUGAAGAAGCGUUUGAAGGAUGAAUAUGGUGCCGUGCCGGUGUUUAUCGACGAUGAACUCGCCGAUCGCCACUAUAAUGGAUUUUCCAAUUCCAUCCUGUGGCCCCUCUUCCACUACCACCCCGGCGAAAUCACCUUCGAUGAAUCCGCCUGGGAAGCCUACAAAGAAGCCAACCGGCUUUUCGCCAAAGCCGUCGCGAAGGAGGUCCAGGACGGCGACCUCAUCUGGGUCCACGAUUACCAUCUGAUGCUGCUUCCCGAGAUGCUCCGGCAAGAGAUCGGAGACAGCAAGGUCAACAUCAAGAUUGGCUUCUUCCUCCAUACACCCUUCCCCAGCAGUGAGAUCUACCGGAUCCUUCCCGUCCGAAACGAACUGUUGCUGGGCGUCCUUCACUGCGACCUCAUCGGGUUCCACACCUAUGACUACACACGGCAUUUCCUCAGCGCCUGUUCGCGAUUGCUUGGUUUGCCAACUACCCCUAACGGAAUCGAGUUCCAAGGGAAGAACAUUGCCUGCGGCGCAUUCCCGAUCGGCAUCGACCCGGAGAAGUUUCAAGAGGGCCUCAAGAAAGAAAAGGUCCAAAAACGCAUCGCCAUGCUGGAGCAGAAAUUCCAGGGCGUGAAGCUCAUGGUCGGCGUUGACCGUCUGGACUAUAUCAAGGGUGUCCCGCAGAAGCUGCAUGCCCUCGAGGUGUUCCUCAGCGACCAUCCGGAGUGGGUGGGUAAAGUUGUCCUGGUCCAGGUCGCGGUUCCGAGUCGGCAGGACGUGGAGGAAUACCAGAAUUUGAGGGCCGUGGUGAACGAACUCGUGGGCCGAAUCAAUGGCAAAUUCGGCACUGUGGAGUUUAUGCCCAUUCAUUUCCUGCACAAGUCCGUCAACUUUGACGAGUUGCUCGCGCUCUACGCCGUCUCCGAUGCGUGCAUCGUGUCCUCCACCCGAGACGGGAUGAACCUCGUCGCCUAUGAAUAUAUCGCCGCGCAGCGAAACCGCCAUGGCGUUCUAGUCCUCUCCGAAUUCGCGGGAGCCGCUCAAAGUCUCAACGGCAGUAUCAUCAUCAACCCGUGGAACACGGAGGAGCUGGCUGCUGCGUACCAGGAGGCAGUGACCAUGAGCGAUGAGCAGCGGGCUCUUAAUUUCUCCAAGCUCGACAAAUAUGUUAAUAAGUACACAAGUGCCUUCUGGGGCCAAUCCUUCGUCACCGAGUUGACUCGGAUCUCCACGCAAGCGGCGGAGAAGUUCCAAUCGAAAAAGGCGGCCUUGUCUAAUAAUAAUACGAAUGGCUCCGAGUACGUCCGUGGAUUGGAGGUUUCCAGCCAGAGUUGA